UUACACAGGCCCGUAUAAAUAGGUUGGAACCCCCAAAGACUUAAACAUUAUUCCGUUCGCAACCAUGAACACUUUAAUGUACGUCGGCUUAAUCGCGUGCGUGUGCGUGGCGUACGUAACAGCACUACCGUUUCCAGCAGAACAGCAAGACAGUAAUGACAAUAAAUCAAAGACUGAGUUGGAGACUCUAGUUCCCGCUGAGACCCAUUGGGGACGUCGAGGAUGGGGCGGAGGACGAAGCUGGGGUGGCGGACAUGGCUGGGGAGGUAGAGGUCACGGGAGUGGUUACGGCUACGGAGGUGGUUACGGCUACGGAGGUGGCUAUGGAGGCGGCCACGGUGGAAGUUACGGACAUGGUUACGGAAGUGGUUACGGAGGGGGUUACGGAGGAGGUUACGGAGGCGGUUUCGGAAUUGGUUACGGAGGUGGAUACGGCGGUGCCUGGGGACGGUGAUUGAAGAUUCCUUCGAGAUCAACAAUAGUAUUUUUUAAUAAUUAAUUUCUGUGAUCAUUUAUAUCGUAAUAAAAUUCUAGUUUAAAUUACA